GUAUAAAAAGACACGCAACAUAGUCGUUGUCGUACAUCGAUCUAUUUAUUUUAUUUCUAUUUGGCCUGAAAAUGGUCGCUCAUUGUUUACUUUACAAGUACAAACAGAAAACCCUUGUUUACUUUGGUUCAGAUUUAUAGAAAAUUCAUACUUCAACACACAAAAACUGUCAGUAAUUUGUAUAACGGCUUUAUCUCUAUCACGGUGGAAUUUACUAGCAAAUUUCUAACCUAUUGCUUUGCACAGUGGCCCAUAUUGGGGACCCCUGCCUUAAUUACUGCCAGGUAUGACUAACCAUAUCAUUUCGAUAUAUUUCCCAAAGAAAUAGGUACUUAGGAAAAACACAAAACAAUUUAAUAAAAUAUACACUUCCAACGAAAUGACAAUCUGUAUUUCGUACAUUGUAAUUAAUAGAACAAUAUGAAAUUAGAUACGUAGUUAACUACGUGGAACAGAUGAAUUCUUAAUAGAAAAUCUGAACGGCAAAAGCACCCUGUUAUUAUUCGCCACUAAAUACACGUAACAACUGCAUUUCACAUUGAAAUUCCCACGCCAAUUAUUUUCUGUUUUAGCAUCAUUUAAUUCCAGUAUUUCAGUGUGUACAGAAGUUUACAAAAUGUCAGAUAAAUGUUCGAUUCAAAAUGUUCUAAAGUUUCUCGAAGACCCUGAAUAUCCAUCUAUAGGGCCACAUCUUAAACUCCUAGCAUUUACUGGUCUUUGGCAUCCCAAUCGUCAAACCCUAAUUGGGCGUUUUAAGCAAAUCCUUUUCUAUGUCACCAUAACUUUCUUCUUCAGCCAGUACAUCAAAUGCUUCAUUAAGUUCAAUGCUGACUCUCUCAAACUGAUUCUGCAAUAUGCUCCAUUUCAUAUGGGCAUCAUAAAGUCCUGUUUCUUUCAAAAGGAUUAUAAGAAUUGGGAACUUGUCAUUGAUUACAUGUCUUCUGUAGAGCGAAAUCAGUUGGCUAAACACGACAAAAAGCAUGAUGAUAUAAUUCAUGAGUACAUUAAGAGGAAUCGGAAGGUGUCCUACUUCUUUUGGGCGCUUGCGUUCUUCUCUAACUUCAGUAUUUUCACUGAACCCUAUCAGAAGAAUCAGAUUAAUGUGAAUGGGACUAGCAUUUAUUUGAAAAUCUUUGAUGGGUACACUCCUUUUGACAAUGAGCCUCCUGGAUAUUACUUCUCGAUGUUAAUUCAGACGGUUUUGGGUCAUAUUGUCAGUGCCUAUGUCGUGGGCUGGGAUACUCUUGUGGUCUCAAUAAUGAUAUUCUUCACUGGACAGUUGAAGAUCACCUGUAUGUAUUGUAGGUUAGCGAUAGACGCUCUCGAUUCUACUAAAAGCCAUGAAAACAUUGCGAAGUGUCAUCGUUUUCACACCACGCUUGUCGAGUAUACACAUUUAUUCAAUUCACUGAUCUCACCGGUGAUGUUCAUGUAUCUGGUCGUGAUAUCAAUCAACCUGGGAGUCUGCAUCAUACAGAUUGUGGAGAUCCACGACGACAUCGCGACUUUGGUAUCGAGCAUUUUGUUUGUGGUCGCCUGUUUAAUCCAACUGCUGCUUUUCUACUGGUUCGCCAAUGAGGUUACUGUUGAGAGUACUUUCGUAAGCUACAGCACUUUCGAAAGUGAUUGGCCUCAAGCGAACAAGAAGUUGCAGAAAGAAAUAGCGUUAUUAGGCCUCACUACCAAGAAGAUACUCGUCUUCAGAGCUGGACCUUUCAAUCAGAUGUCACUAACUACUUUUAUUGCAAUCCUAAGAGCCAGCUACAGUUUCUACACUCUAUUAAACUCCACAAAUUAAUAAAAAUGUACAUUAGGUACCAAGACCCACACCCCUUACUU